AUGAAACCACUAAAGAGUUUUAAAGUCCUAUUUGAGCUCACAAAGAAAACCGACAACCUCAAAUCGGAAAUUAAUAAUCUUAAACUACAAAAUCAACAAUUAAAUCGACAAAUGAACGAGCAACGUGACCGAAUGCUAAAUGUUGAAAUUGUCGGCAUACCAGAAUCAAUCAACGAGGACUUGAAUGAUACCAUCUUGAGAAUAUGUAAACACGUCAGAGUUAAAAUCGAUACAAAUGACAUUCUGCAGGUUAACAGAGUAUCCCCAAAAGUAAAACUGCCAGGUCGAUCCAGGGUGAUUAUUGCCAAAAUGAAAUCAAGGCUCCUGAAAGAUAACCUAAUAUCUCUAUCCCGUAAAAAUCGUCUAACCACUAAGGAAAUUGGGCUAGCAGGUGAAAGCAGACCAAUUUUUAUCAAUGAGCACUUAACCUCUCAUAAUAAGCAGCUCCUAAAAAGGUACAAAGAUUUUGCUAAAUCGAGUCUGUACCAGUUCGUCUGGACAAAAAAUGGAAGAAUUUUUGUGCGACGAAACGAUACAUCUCCUGGUCUGCAAAUAUUCGACGAGGAGGAUCUCAAGAAAAUUAUCACCAAACAAUAG